AAGCAACCGGCGCGUCCCCGCCCGGCGGUCAGCUGAUGGGCGGCCCGCGGGGGAGGCCGCGGCUCGAACAUGGCGGCCGAGAUCCACUCCAGGCCUCAGAGCAGCCGCCCGGUGCUGCUGAGCAAGAUAGAGGGCCACCAGGACGCCGUCACCGCCGCGCUGCUCAUCCCCAAGGAGGACGGCGUGAUCACCGCUAGCGAGGACAGAACCAUCCGAGUAUGGCUGAAAAGAGACAGCGGCCAGUACUGGCCCAGCAUCUACCACACAAUGGCCUCCCCUUGCUCUGCCAUGGCUUACCAUCACGACAGCAGACGGAUAUUUGUGGGCCAGGAUAAUGGGGCUGUAAUGGAAUUCCACGUUUCUGAAGAUUUUAAUAAAAUGAAUUUUAUCAAGACCUAUCCAGCCCAUCAGAACCGCGUGUCUGCUAUCAUCUUCAGCCUGGCUGCCGAGUGGGUGAUCAGCACUGGCCACGACAAGUGUGUGAGCUGGAUGUGCACGCGCAGUGGGAACAUGCUCGGCCGCCACUUCUUCUCGUCGUGGGCUUCCUGCUUGCAGUAUGAUCUGGACACUCAGCAUGCCUUUGUCGGAGAUUACUCGGGACAGAUCACCCUGCUGAAGCUGGAGCAGAACACCUGUUCAGUUAUCACGACCCUCAAGGGACAUGAAGGUAGCAUCGCCUGCCUUUGGUGGGACCCCAUCCAACGGCUACUCUUCUCAGGAGCAUCCGACAACAGUGUCAUCAUGUGGGACAUCGGGGGACGGAAAGGCCGGACACUCCUCCUUCAAGGCCACCAUGACAGAGUACAGUCACUGUGCUACCUGCAGCUCACGAGGCAGCUCGUCUCCUGCUCGGCGGAUGGUGGCAUUGCAGUGUGGAAUAUGGAUGUUAGCAGAGAAGAGGCUCCUCAGUGGUUAGAAAGCGACUCCUGUCAGAAGUGUGAGCAGCCCUUCUUCUGGAAUAUAAAGCAGAUGUGGGACACAAAGACUCUGGGCUUGAGGCAGCAUCACUGCAGGAAGUGUGGGCAGGCCGUCUGCGGGAAGUGCAGCAGCAAGCGGUCCAGUUACCCCGUUAUGGGCUUUGAGUUCCAGGUUCGAGUUUGUGAUUCCUGUUACGACUCCAUCAAAGAUGAGGACCGGACUUCUCUAGCAACAUUUCAUGAAGGAAAACAUAACAUUUCCCAUAUGUCCAUGGACAUUGUGAGGGGACUGAUGGUGACCUGUGGGACAGAUCGUGUUGUGAAGAUAUGGGAUAUGACUCCUGUGGUGGGCUGCAGCCUGGCAACUGGAUUUUCUCCACACUGACCCCGGAGCUGGGUGAUGUCUGCUACAUGUGACGCACAGCAUCCUCCAUGAACGGAGACCCUUCAUGUAACUCAAUGGCCACUGUCGUGUAAAUGGACAUUAGAUGCCUAAAAAAACAAAUCAAUAUUUUUUAAAA